GAGCCACAGAGGUUCUGUGAAUUCCACCAACAACAAACAAGGGGCAGCGUGGAGGAGUGGGCACGAUGUCUGAGGGAGCUUACCAGCGCCUCUGGGAGUCCUCCCACGUGACCCUGCAAAAGCUGCUGGACCAAGAGCAGCCUCUGCUCGAACCUGUGCCCGACCAGGAGCGGCAGUCCUUCCAGUACAGGCUCGCGUCGCUCUACCUGCACUACCUGGGACUGCUGCGCCGCUUCGACACCGUCUAUGACCAGAUGGUGCAGCCACAGAAGCGGCGGCUGCUGCGACGCCUGCUGGACGGCGUGGCGGGCCGCGUGCUGGAGCUCAAGGACGAGCUGGUGCGCGCCGACCUGUGUGAGAACCACUGCCUGGACCGCGUGCUGCAGGAUCUCAAGCUCACCCCAGCCGACCUGGAGGUUCCAAUCCCCAAAUACUUCCUGCUGGAGCAGUCCACCACUGUGCGGGAGCGAGGGCUGAUACUGGCUGAGAUCCUGUCCAGACUGGAGCCAGUGUCCUCCUCCCAGAAGUGCUUUACAGGAAUGCACCAGACUGAGGCCAUAAUUCUAGUGCAAAAGGCAGAGCGGGCCAGGCAAGGCCGGCUUCGAGCCACCUUCAUGCGAGAGAUUCGAAGAGAUGAGGAGCAAGAUCGGAGGAUUCGGGAGGACGGACGGCACAAGUUCAGUCAGGGCCAAGCAGCUGUCACCAUACAGAAGGUGUGGAAAGGCUACCUGCAGAGGAAAUGCACUCAGCAGGACCGGCGAAUAGAGAUGGAGUUCAUUGGCAUGCUCCCCUCCCCCAACCAGGUAGAGCACCUGAGCAUCAUCUCCCAGGCCUGCCUCGUGGAGGAUGUCCGGAGGCUCCGCCAGAUGGAGAAGGAGGAGGAGUUCCGGGCGGCAAUGGUGAAGGCCCAUGAUUCUCUGGUAGAGACAGAGGGGCCUGACAUGAAGGAGAAGAUGAAGGAGCAAAUCCGACAGUGGUUUAUCGAGUGCCAUGACCUUACUGGCCGGUUCCCUGAUUAUCCAGAUGCAUCUUCAGGUGGAUCCUACUCAAUCUUUGCAGACAAAACUCCAGAACAGGUAAGAAUGGAACUGGAAAUGCAGGUCCAAGAGAACAAAAAAAAGGAACAAGAGAAGAGCAAGGAAAAAGGAAAGGAUGAAAAAGAGAAGAAGAAGAAGAAAGGAAAGGAAGAAAAGGCCAAGAAGGGGGAAGUGGAUGCGGUGCUGCAAGUGUUGCCAUCCAAAUGUAUCCCUAUGAUCAGUGCCGGGCAUGAGGAAUACUUAAAUACAUGGAAGAACCGGUGUGAGAGCAUACACCCCAGUCAGAAUUAUGACUCCGAGACCCUCCAGGAGGAGAAGAGGAAGGAGGUGGAGCUGGAGAUCCGGAUACAGGUGGAUGAGCUGAUGCGUCAGGAGCUGAGGAACCUCCAUCUGGCUGUGGACAAGGAGGAAGAAAGACCUUUGAGGGCUCCAAAGAAAACACCUGGGAAGAAAACUGGGAAAAAGAAGGAAAAAGAUCUGACCCCAAACAGGUCUGUGGAGUCUCUGUACGAAGAGCUUGUUAUUUCUGGCCUUCUAAGGAAGAGUGAGUCAGUAGCAUUGAAAGACUACAUAGGUGACUUCCUCUAUCUUGGAUCCACUCUGAGUUUGGCAAAGAAGUUGCCCAUGCCAUCCCUGUUUGACAUACGACAGAAUGUGGCUUUGUAUGCGGUCCUUCGGCUUGGCUCCCCGGAUAUCCACACCAUGGCCCCGCUCAUCCGCUCCAUCCUCCUGGUGGGCCCCUCUGGCAUGGGGAAGAAGAUGCUGGUCAAGGCAGUGUGCACAGAAACUGGCGCCAACCUGUUCGACCUGUCGCCGGCCAACCUGCUGGGCAAAUAUCCUGGCAGGAAUGGGGCACAGAUGAUGGUGCAUAUAGUCUUUAAGGUAGCCCGACUCCUACAGCCCUCUGUGAUUUGGAUUGGAAAUGCUGAGAAGAAUUUCUAUAAGAAGAUCCCCAGAGAAGACAAGGAGAUGGACCCAAAGCGGAUAAAGAAGGACCUCACCAAGGCCUUGCGGCUGCUGACUCCUGGAGACCGUGUGAUGCUGAUUGGGACAACCUCCCAGCCGCAGCUGGCUGAGAUGCGGGGUCUGUGCCGGGUCUAUGAGCGGAUCCUCUUCAUGCCCCGGCCUGACUACGCGUCCCGCUAUGUGCUCUGGAAGCGUAUGAUAGAGGCCCGGGGCAUCCAGCCGACCCAGCACCUGGACAUCAGUGCCCUAGCCAAGGUCUCUGAUGGCUACACACCGGGUCACAUUCUCCAAGCCAUCCAAUCGGUGCUGAGUGAGCGGCGGUUCCUGCAACUGUCCAAGCGGCCCCUGGUGGCCUCCGAGUUCCUGGGACAACUGGUGAAGCUGGAUCCAGUGUACAGGGAGGAGGAGGAGUCCCUGAAGGACUGGUACUUCAAGACCCCACUGGGUAAGAAGAACAUGAAAUACAGGAUGGACCAGUUGGAGGUCGAGGAGGCCAAGUUGGCCAAGGAAAAGAAGAAAAGGAAGUGAUGGCUAAGGCUUGUGGGCACCUGAGAUUAGUGGCGUGGGACAGGGCAGUGGCCCAAGGGUAAAGGGAUGGGGCAGAGGCAUAAAUGCCCAGAUGACUUGGGGACAAACUCUUCUUGUCCAUCCAUGUCUGUGUCUUCCCACCCUUCCCUCUGUGCCCCUACCUGUGCCUGGCGCUGUCUAGCCCCCACCUCUCUCCUGGGCCCUGGCCCUGGCCCUUGCCAUUGCCAGCUCACUGCCACCUCCCUGCUCUGCCUCCCAGAUCCCUGUCCUCAGCCCCCACUUCCAGGUCUUCAUCUGCUUGUCAUUGUCCUAUCCUGGUUCCCUGAAUCUGUUCCUCCUUGAGGUAUUUAAGGGAGAAAAAAUAGGAAGAGGAGAGAGGGAAAGAGAAGAGAGGGAAGAAGGAAGGUCUGCAGUCAGAUAGAAAAAGCACAGGUCUGGAAGUUAACUGUCCCCGGUUCUAAACCCACUUGGCACUAACUCCCUGUGUGACCUGGAGAGUGCUUUCCUGUCUCUGGGCCUCAGUUUUCUUACUUAUAAAGCAAAGAGAGAUUGGACAAUGAAUUUCUAAGGUCCCUUUUACUCUAGGGUUUGACUAUUCUAGCAAAAGUAUCUGGGAAGUCAGGGCACGGAGGGUGCUUGGGCAGUGGCGGGGGCAGGAUGGGAAGCAGGGCUCAGCAAGGGUGUGGGGAAGUGGUGGGGCUUUGUGACCAGGGCAAGGGCUGUUAGUAGACCCAAUGCUGCCGUGGACAUGGGAGAGCAUCAUUAGCUUGACCCAAUUUCUCUGAGUGGCCUUCAUCUCUUUCCUCUAAAGACCCCUCCUCUGGCACCCUGCCUGCCCCAGCUCUGCACUGCAUCCUCUGACCACAGCCUAACCCUCGGGGCUCAGUGGGAUACAGCCUCCUGCCCCUGGGGUGGGAGUCCAUCUGUGGGUUUCCCCUUGCUGUGGAGGGAACAGCUCAGGGGAGAAUGGGGUCAGAGAACUUAGGGAGCAGGGGCAACCAUACCACCAAGGGCUGGGGAGCCCCAGAGUGUUCUCGUGGAAGAGGUAGACCCAUGGACCAUGUACACAGUGUGUGGAUGAAGGCCAAGGUGUGUCCACAGGUAGUAAGAGACAACAGGAGACCUGAAACUAUAAAACCCCUAAAAGAAAACAUAAGGGAAAGCUCCAUGAUAUUGGUCUGGGCAGAGAUUUCUUGGAUAUGACCCCAAAAGCACAGGCAAUGAAAGGAAAAAUAGACAAAUGGGAUUGUACCAGACUAAAAGGUUUCUGCACAGCAAAGGAAAUGACAGAGUGAAGAGACAAUCCACAGACUGGGAAAAAAAUAUUUGCAAAUCAAACAUCGGAUAAGGGGCGAAUAUCCAAAAUACACGUGGAACUCAAACUACUAAAUAACAACAACAAGAAAAUACCCCAUUAAAAAAUGAACAAAGGACUUGAACAGACACUUCUCAAAAGAAGACAUACAAAUGGCCAACAGUUAUCUGAAAAUAUGUUCAACAUCAGUAAUCAGAGAAAUGUGAAUCAAAAACCACAAUGAGAUAUUAUCUCACACCUGUUAGACUGGCUAUUAUCGAAAAAUGAAAAAUAAGUGUUGGCAAGGAUAUGGAGAAAAGGGAACUCUGCACUGUUGGUGGUGUUGUAAAUUAGUACCAUUUUGAAAAAUAGAAUGAAGAUUCCUCAAAAAAUAAAAAUAGAAUUACCUUAUGAUUCAGCAAUUCCACUACUGGGUAUAUACCCAAAGGAAUUGAAAUCAGCAUGCAGAAGAGAGCUCUGCACCCCCACGUCCACUGCAGCACUGCUCACAAUCGCCAAGACAUGGAAACAACUGGUGUCCAUCAAUAGAUGAAUGGAUUUUUAAAUGUGAUGUAUUUGGAGGACAUUGUGCUAAGUGAAAUAAGCCAGGUGCAGAAAGACAAAUACCAUAUGAUCUUGCUUAUUGUGGAAUCUAAAAAAGUCAAACUCAUAGAAGUAAAGGGUAGAAG